AAACUAAAAAUUUCAUACUACCCACAUAUCCUAUGUGCAUCGUAAUUCUUCAUGCUAAAGGAAAAUAUCUUACUAUAAUUUUUCGUAUUUUUUUUGUUUCUAUUUAGCAAACUGUACCAUAUAGUUUUAUGAUAUUGGUUUUCAUGGUAUUCUAGUAACAUGCGAUCCAACUACUUCUUACUAUUAACUGAAAGACAUUCCAAACUUGGAUCAUCCAUUCUAUAGUACUAAAUUCAUUUCUCUCAAAAGGUCAAAAGUAACCAAUAAACCCACAAAACAUAUCAAAAAUGUUUAAGAAAAAGAUUUUUACUAUAGUUUUUAUAAUAUUGUAAUUAUCUAGCAAACUUUACCAUAUAAUUUUAUGGUAUAAAAUCCAAUAAUUCUAUAUCCGUUUCAAUAUUUUACAAAGUCCAAGCUAAUCCAAUAAUUUUAUAUUCAUUAUAACUUUUCCAAAAGUCCAACGAGAAAAUCACUAUUAUAAAAAUGAAUAACAUACUGGUACAUAUCUGAGCAUCAUCCUGAACGUCAUCGUCACUUUCAAUCGUCCCACCUUUUAAAACCCCCUUAAAAGUCUCCGAACACCUUCUCUCUAAAACAAAUCCUCUCUCUCUCUGUGAUCUGAUUCGAUAUGGGUUUUAGCAAAGAAGAGAUUAGCAAAAGCAGAAGGUUCUGGUCUUCCCUAUGGAGAGGCAUCAAAACUGUGUUCGUUCUGUUCACAAUGUUCCUCUCUUUCCUCCUCGUCUCUGCUCCGAUCUUCCUCGCCGUCGCCGACGCUCUCCUCCCUUCCGCCCUCCUCCACCGCCUCUCCUCUCCAGCGAAUCUCUCUUCUCAUCUCACCAACUACGAUUUCCGUCACUCCCUCAUCGAUAUUCCAUUAAUCUCCAUCGUUAGAUCCGCCGUUAUACUCUGUGUUUACGGGCUUUGCGACGGUCCGAAGUUAUCAAGAGGUCCAUAUCUGACAAUAACGAUGAUUUGCUCUGUUUCUUCUCUGAUCUACGUUUCGUUAAAGGCGGCGUUUGUGUUCGGCGAGCCGGCGAACGGAGACGGCGGAGGUAGUUACUUCAGAGCGGCGGAAGUGGCUCUGUUUCUCUGCUCGUCGGUUUUAGCCAUCGGUCACAUAGUUGUGGCGUAUAGAACAAGUUGUAAAGAGAGAAGAAAGCUCCUCGUCUUCAAAAUCGACAUUGAAGCCGUUUCUGCAUGUAAAAACGUAUACCCGAGAUACCAAAUGAUCCUCCAACAAGAGAGGCUCAAGUAGAAACGUAUAUCAAGAGGAUCAACACUACUUGUAAAUAUAUCUAUAUACACACAUGACACGUACCGUUAAAUACGUAUGUAAAUAUACAAAUAUUGACGUAUAAAUGUAGCUUCUUCAUUUGCCUUUCGGUCAACUCCUUCGCUUUCAAGUUUUCAGGCAGAUCCAAAGGAUAGUCUGUAAAGGCGGGAGGAACAGAUAGAGAGUGGAGAGCUAAACAUCACCUAAUGAUCUUCUAUUCUUAUUUUAAUGUAAGACAACUCCGAUGAAAUGGCAGUUGUUAGCCUUAAUAUUAGAUUAGUUAGGAAGAUUUGUAUAUAAUAUAGUUUUGUUUGUUUUUGUACUAACCUAGAGUUCGUUCAUCAAUGAGAAAAGAAGCCCAAGGCAUCUUUUUUU